GUGGCUGCCUCCCUUGGGAAGCGGAGGAGUCAGUGGAGAGAGAGAAAGAGAAUAAGAGAGCGACAGAGCCAACGCCCCAAAAAACCCUCUUCCUCUCCACACGCCGCCAAGGCCAUGAUUUCCGGACUGCUCGUCCUCUGAAUUCCGACGCGAACCCGGCACACGACGUGUUUUGCAACGCGAUCCUCUUGCGCGUAAAGUGAUCUUACUCUUUAAGCCGCGACGCCGCCGAGAUGCGCGUAGAGGGAGGAAUGCCAUGUGUCUCUGCUAAAUGUAGAGAGAAACCGACACGCUUCGCGGGUGGGUGUUCUGUCCCUUGUUACGGAUGGGCCCCUCUGAAUGGACAUUUAAAUCGUCACAUCUCGACUUGAAAUGGCCAUGAGAGAGAGAAUGAAAAGUUUGGAAUUAUUGUGCCUCUUUGCUUUUCUUCUCUGCCGGAAAUUGUUUCUUCAUUCUCGCUCACUUUCAGGUCACUCUUUUGCAUAGGGGCUCUCUUCCAUCAUCUUCUUCUUCAAUUUGGACACUCGCUCAUUUCAUUAGUUCACUUCCCGUUCUUCCUUUAUUUUUGUAUUAUCCACGGAGAGAAGUUUUGUCUGUCGGUACGAUGUCUUCGUACUCACUGUCGACGUCCUAUGUAGGACAGUCUCUCAUAGACGGGUUUAAUUUCGUCAGUAUUGUAGAUCCAACCGGUGGUUUUGUGGCAUACCAAGACUACAAUGACGCUGUAGCAGCCGGCCUCGUCUCGGUCGACGAUACCACCCAGGCCGUCACCCUGAGCGUCGACACGACAAAUAUUUAUAAUCCUGACGGCAGCCAAGGAGGUCGCCCGAGCGUCCGCAUUGAGAGCUUUGAAGCCUUCAACGAAGGUCUGCUCAUUGGUGACUUUGCUCAUAUGCCGGGCUCGGUCUGUGGUGGAUGGCCUGCUUUCUGGAUGUAUGGACCUAACUGGCCAAAUGAUGGCGAGGUCGACAUAAUAGAGGGUGCCAAUAUGGCAUAUACCAACCUGAUGUCGGCACAUACGAGUGCAAACUGCCUCCUCCCUUCCACAGGUGACUUCAGCGGCACCCAGGAGAUCACAGACUGCAACAACCCCGACGGGUGCAACUACAUCCCACCGACGUCUGACACCUCAAGCUACGGCGACGACUUCAACGCCGUCGGUGGCGGCGUCUAUGCGCUCGAGUGGACGUCCGACAUUCUUCGCAUCUGGCAUUUUGCGCGCGGCGGCAUCCCGCAGGACAUCAUCGACCAGCAGCCCAACCCGAGCAACUGGGGCACGCCUCAGGCUCUAUUUGGGACCGACUCUUGUGAUGUCAGCACGCACUUUGCAAACAUGAGCAUCGUGUUGAACAUUGACUUCUGCGGCAACUAUGGAGAUGCCCUUUGGGGUUCUGGAUCGUGUAGCUCCUAUGCUGCUACCUGUGAGGACUUUGUCGGAAACAACCCAUCUGCAUUGACGGACUUGUACUGGGAAGUCAAUUACAUCGACUUUUACAGCAUGUCUGCCGGCUCCACAACCACAACCCUCCCCAGCAUAAGCACUGAAAGCUCUGUGCCUGUGAACGGCUCUGUAACUCGUGGACCGUCUAUCAGACGCUCAACUACCCUUCCUUCUGCUUCUGCUACCACCACACCCGAGACUACCUCGAGUGGGAACGGCAACGGAGUUGGGACUCCGACCACGACCGCGGCCUCGUCCUCGGCGCCAUCACCGGUGGAUAGCAUAGUGCCUAGACACAAUCCGGCCACUAUUGGGCCCUUCACAUAUCUAGGCUGCUUCACCUCUGGCACAGGCUUCAGCACUUUCGAUCUGGCGGGUACCGAUCCGGCGUUGACCCUGGAGGAGUGUACGUCGCUCUGCGGAGGGAGCACGUAUGCGGGUGCUAUAGACCAGUAG